AUGCUCUUGGAAGAUGAAAAGCGCGAGUACAGCAAGGCUCGCAAACUUCGAGAAAGUGAGCGCUGGCAAAAGGCGCAUCAAAAGAACUUGCGACUACUUGCGGUGAAGGAAAAGCGCGUUGAGCUACGGGAACGUCCGUUUGACCUAGAAAAGGAGGAAAAGAAAGGUGGGGACCUAAAACGAACGCAUAAUCUGUCCAUGCCGAGUGCUUUAGUUAAGAAGCUAGAGUGUGGUUAG